AUGUUGAUCGUACAAACCGUGCCACAUGCUAAGAUUUGGUCUUGUUCAGUACCAAUGUGCAAUCGUCAAGCAUUCACACUUAAACGUCACAUUGUAUCCUUCUGAUAUAGUUCUUUGGAAAAGGUUACGGCAUGAAAAGUAAAAAUUUUGAAAAGGCAAGAUAUGCAAUAUGUUGGAUGCGAUUAGCCAAAUAUAGAGCGAGACGUUGGCCGGGCCAACACGUUUACGCACGCAGAUAUGGUGACAACCACUUGGACAGUACACUUAUGGGUAUCAAAUGUUUUGAAUGUGGAACUCACAAUCCUCAGUGGGUUUCUGUCACAUAUGGUAUAUGGAUUUGUCUUGAAUGUUCAGGCAAACACAGAGGACUUGGAGUACAUUUGUCAUUUGUUAGAUCCAUUUCUAUGGAUAAAUGGAAAGACUUAGAGUUAGAAAAAAUGAGAGUUGGUGGGAAUAAAAAUGCUCGUGAAUUUUUUGAAUUACAGCCUGAUUGGGACGAUAGUAUGUCAAUCACACAAAAGUAUAAUACUAAAGCAGCAGCAUUAUAUAGAGAUAAGAUUGCAACAUUAGCACGUGGAGAAAGCUGGAGUCCAACUACAUCUACAGCUAAGGAUUUUCAAGCUCCAAUGUAUUCAGAAAAUCAACAAGACUAUUCUUCAUAUCAAAGUGAUAUAACAAAUUCUUACCAAAAUUUUAAUUCAAAUAAUUGUAAGUCCCAAACAGAAGCUUUCUUUGCAAGAAAACAAACUGAAAAUGCUAAUCGUCCGGACAAUAUUCCACCUAGUCAAGGUGGCAAAUAUGGAGGAUUUGGUUACCAAAUGAAUCCACCACCUAGAAGUACAUCACAAGAACUUUUUGACAAUGCAGUGUCCUCUUUAGCAAGUGUGGGAGAUUUAGGAAGAAGAGGAUGGGGUGACAUUGGAGGAACUAAUUCAGUUGAACAAACUCAAUAUAAUUCAAAAGAACAUUAUCAAAGUUCUUCCACUACUUACCAAAAUAGUGAUGUAGCUCAGUAUAAUUCUACUGAAAAAACAUCUUUAAUGAAAACAUCACAGCCUAAAACUAAUGUAACUGCAAACUCUUCUAAUUAUGAAUGGGAUUGGGGUAAUGACACAAAACAAAGUAACCAAACAACAGAUACUAAACCAAUUCCAAGAAAACCAAAAGAUAAAGAAGAAAUAUUGAUCAACUUUAAUACUGACAAUCAUGCAUCUAACUGGGAUUCAAAACUUGAAGAUGAUGCAUGGGAAAUAUUAAAAAAUUAAUUAUUAUUUAUUAAUUAGGAAAUUUUUAUCAAUGUUCAAAAUCUUUUAAUAUCUUGUUUAUCUUAAAGAUUUUGAACUUGUAUAAAGCAAUGUAACAGCAAUUAUUAAAGUGAAAUUAUUUUUAUUCUGCGUUUUAACUUUUUAACGUUAGGAAUAUAUGUAGAUACAUAUAAAAAAAAUAGCCAUUUACAAUUAAAACAUAUGUGCGAGCGUGUAUAUAUUGUACGUUUCCAAAAGCAUAAAUAAACAUCGUGUUACGAGCUAGUAUACUCCAAAUUUUGCUUUAUAAUUAAUGUGUAUUAAAGUGCAAGAAUAAUUGUUACUAUAUGUUUAUUUUAUUUGAUUAAUUCAUUUAGUCAUUUUGAUCAUUUGUUUUACUAUACCAUUUAUGAUAUUAUUUACUAUGUCAUUAUUUUUAUGUAACUUAUACACUCAUUAAACUAAAAAUAGAUAAAAAUACAUAGAAUUUUUUUACAAAAAAUGUAGAACAAUU